UCGAGGUUUUAGUUCGGUUUUAGCUCUGAUUCCGUGAGGACGCUCGCCAGGCGCACCGCUCCGCGUUCCGUUCCGUUAUUCGAUUGCCUCGCACGGAGCCUACCGCUCACCCACACUCCUGCAAAAGCACACACACACACACACACUCGACUUGCACAGCACUCGUGCCGCGAUAACAAAGCCAAAUUAUCGAGUCUGCGCUGCGUAAACAUCCAGCGGAUGGCAAGUGCGAAUCUUAAAGUGGCCCAGUGGCAGUGGCAGUGGCAGUGGCAGUGGCAGUCCUAGACCAGGCCAAGAACCCCAGCCGAAGCCCCCCUUGUUCGCCCCCAUUUCCGGUGGCUGCGGUCAUGUGAAUAGCCGCCACAAUGCGGCCCUAAUCCAAUACCGGUUGAAAACGCGACAGCCUCGCGGGUGUUUUUUAAAAAUCAGACAAAAAGUGAUCCCAGCUCCAAGCUCCCAGUGCUCCCCAAACAAAUGUGUCGCAGCAACAGCCGGAGUGGCAGCAACGGUAACUGCUGCGCUUUAUAGUGCAUCAUCGGGUUUUCUUUGCCUUGGCUCAACAGAACAGUCCGCUAAUAGCCAACAAAGCGAGCAUAACGGCCAGAAAAAUGGCUUUGCAGCAACGACAUCAGCAACAUCAGCAACACCAGCAGCAGCAACAGCAGCAACAGCAGCAGCAACACAUCAAAUGGCAGCAACAUGCAACAAAGCGACGACGCUGCCGUCAACAUUGGAUUAAACAUCUUCAGCUUCUUGGCCUGGCUGUCAUCGUGCUGGCCAGCGGCCCCGCCCCCAGCCACGCCCAGCAGCAAAAGUUCCGGACCACGCCGCACGACCUGCAGGUCCUGGAAGGAGCCGAAGCCAUGAUGCGCUGCGAGGUGGCCAACGUGGCCGGGGCGGUCCAGUGGACCAAGGACGGCUUCGCGCUGGGCUUCUCGGCGGUGAUCCCCGGCUACCCGCGCUACUCGGUCCUCGGUGACCGCAAGCAGGGCAUCUACAACCUGCGCAUCUCGAACGCCUCGAUCAACGACGACGCCGACUACCAGUGCCAGGUGGGACCGGCGCGGCUCAACAGCGCGAUCCGAGCCAAUGCCAAGCUGACCGUCAUAUCUCCGCCAGCCUCGAUCGAGAUCAAAGGUUACAGCCACAAUUCCAAGGUGGAGGUACGCGAGAACCAGGACCUGCAGCUCAAGUGCAUCGUGGCCAAUGCUAAGCCGGCGGCUCAAAUCGUCUGGUAUCGCGGCAAUGUGGAGUACAAACCAGAAAAACGCGAGGACAUCGUGGAGGAGUCGACGUCCAAGCGGUUCACAACCACCUCGAGCCUUAAACUGAAGCCGGGACCCGACGACGACUACACGGAGUACACGUGCCAGGCGAAGCACAAGGCCUUGUCCCCGGACAUGCCCAUGCGGGCCACCGUUCAACUGUCCGUGUUGUAUCCGCCGGGACCGCCAUAUAUCGAGGGCUAUUCGCCGGGUGAAACUCUACGGCGUGGACAGACCGUGGAGCUCAUGUGCCGGAGUCGAGGUGGCAAUCCUCCUGCCCAGCUCAUCUGGUACAAGAACGGCUCCCAGAUACGCAUGGCAUACAGGACCUCCGGUCGAUUGUCCGAGAACAUCUACACCUUUACCGCCGAGGCUGGGGACAACAGGGCGCGAUUUCGCUGCGAGGCGAGCAACGUGAUGUCGCAGAAUCCGCUGAAGGCGGAAGUGGAGCUGGCUGUGCUGUUUGCACCCACCCACGUCACCGUAAUGGGACCCACCGAGGCGCGCGUCGGCGAUAUUGUGCCGCUGACAUGCACCACCGCGCCAUCCAAUCCGCCAGCCGAGAUCAAGUGGAUGGUGGGUGGGCGCCAGGUGCGCAACGCCACCUCAAAGACGAUUGUCAGUCCCGAGGGCGGUUGGACGACCACCUCGAACAUCACCGCCACCGUGGAGCCCAACAAGCGCUCACUGGUCGUCAUCUGUCACGGACUCAACAUGCAGCUGACCGAGAACGUCGUCUCCACCCACACGAUCAAUGUCCUGUAUCCGCCCGCGCCGCCAUUAAUUUCUGGCUAUAUGGAGGGACAAAUUAUCCCAGCUGGCUCGGUGCAAAAACUGCUUUGCGUUUCAUCAGGCGGCAAUCCGUUGGCAACGCUAACAUGGUACAAAAACGACAAACGGAUAAACUCGGUCAUACGGGCCGCGGACAAAUCGGUGUCGGCCGAAAUCACCGUUCUGGCCAACGUGUCCGACAACCAGGCCCAGUACCGAUGCGAGGCCUCCAACAGCGCCACCGAAAUUCCGCUCUUCCAGUCCACCACACUCAGUGUCCACUUUGCCCCGGAGACGGUCAAAAUACGCAUUGAACCGGAAGAGCUGCGACCUGGCAUGGAGGCAGCCAUCAUCUGCGACUCCAGCUCCAGCAAUCCGCCAGCAAAGCUGUCCUGGUGGAAGGACGGCAUCCCCAUCGAAGGCAUUAAUAACACGUCCAAGCCGGGUCUCUGGGGCGGCACGGUCUCCACGCUGGAAUUCAGGGUAAACAUCACACAGGAAAUGAACGGCCAGGUCUACACCUGCCAGAGCGCCAACGAAGCUCUCCAGCGGAGCGUCCACGAGGCGGUCAGCCUGGAUGUCCUUUAUCGACCCAAGUUCGUGCCGCCACCCUCGUCGACGGUGGUGGGUGCGGAGGGUGAGUCGGUGCAGGUAUCGCUACAAACCAAGGCCAAUCCCACCCCAGUGGAGUAUAAGUGGACCAGGGAUGGGGUCACCAUUCCGCAGGACGGCGGCCAUCGCAUCUUCGCCGAUGGUGGCAGUCUGAAUUUCACCCGCCUGCACCGCGAUGACUCGGGGAUCUACUCCUGCAGCGCCUCCAACUCGCAGGGCAAGGCCAGCCUGAACAUCACCCUGAUGGUGGAAUAUGGAACCACCAUCAAGUCGGUGUCGGAGAACAUUGUCGUCAAUCCCGGCGAGGACGCAAUGCUCUCGUGCAGCGUGGAGGGCAAGCCGCUGACCGAGGAGCAUGUGAAGUGGGAGCGGUUGGGCUACGACAUGACCGUGAAGACCUCGACCACCUUCGCCAAUGGCACCUCCUACCUGCACAUCAAGGAUGCCCAGCGCGAGGAUGUGGGUAACUUUCGGUGCGUGGCCGACAAUCGAGUGGCCAAUCCAACCAACCGCGACAUCCUGCUAAUUGUCAAGUUUGCUCCUGAGAUUGCCAAGGCUCCGACGCUUUUGCGAGCUGCCAGCGGGACAGGGGAGCGGGGUCGACUGCCUUGCCGGGCACAGGGUGCGCCCAAGCCGCAGUUCAUCUGGCGGCAGGACAAGAAGGACCUGCCCAUCAAUCGCACGUACAAGUACGAGGUGGAGGAGCGCAAGAUAGACUCCCUGACCUACGAGUCCUCCCUCAUCGUGGACAAAGUGGCGCCGGCGGAUUACGGCGCCUAUGAAUGCGUGGCCCGGAACGAUCUUGGCGAGGCGGUGGAGACGGUGCGUCUGGAAAUCACCUCGCCGCCGGACCCACCCAUCAGCCUGAAUAUCCUGAACACCACCCACGACACCGUCACGGUGGCCUGGACUCCGGGCUUCGAUGGUGGCCUCAAGGCCUCCUAUCGAGUGCGCUAUAGGAUGGCCGACCGCGAGCAGUACAAAUACAUCGAUGGGCUGCCCAAUAGCCACAAGCUGACCAUCGGCGGGCUGCGCAUGAACACGCUCUAUCUGUUCUCGGUGAUGUCCCGGAACGAGCUGGGCCAGAGCUCCUACCUGCCCGAUUUGGCACGGGCCGAGACCAAAGAAGCCCCGCCCCCCUCGCAUCCGGCCUCGUCGCUGGGAGGCGGACCGCCGACCACCAGCCAGACGCCGCUGGGCGGCACUUCGGGCAUGCUCCUGGUGGGCGUGGGCGCCGGCAUAGUCGUUGUCCUGCUCAACGUGUUUGUCAUCGGCUGCUGUCUGCACAAACGGAACGAGAAGCGUCUGAAGCGAGGACUUGAACUGAUGCCAGCCGAGUUAACCGAGGACUCCAGCAACACACCGAAUCUGGUCAUAAUUGGCAUCUCCCUGGCGGCAUUUGGCUUUCUCCUGGUCAACGCGUCCCUGGUUGCCUGGUUCUUUGUGCAUCAGCGCCGCAAAAAAGUGGCGGAAACUACAAAUCAACCGGCAAAAACGGCCACCAUCGAGAUGUACGCGCCCAGUUCGUAUAAUGACACCGUCACCGGCGAGACGUUGUCCAGCGUUUCGGAGAAGAGCGAGUCGUACUCCAAUGAGGGCAGCAGCCAGCCGGAAUAUAUUGAUGAGGCGCGCAAAAAGGCGGCUUCCACGUACUUGGUGGAGGGCACGGAUAUGCCGCCGCCCAGAUACCAGAAGGAUGGCACCCUGCCAGUCAUAUAUCCAAAUAAUAUUGUGAACGCCUGUACACUGCCGCACCCGAGGCACAAUAAUGGCAGUGCCGCCAUCCACAUGACCCGGGAUGAUCAGAUGCUUAUAAGCAAGGGCGUCUAUAUUCCGUCCCCGUCGCCGGCGCCCCCGCCAGAUGGCUCCUACUACAACAUGAACAGCGACCGAUACUUGUCCUAUCCGCCAAUGGAGUACCCGGCCGCCCUGGACUUUACCGCCCAGCCGAUGCCCCUGGCGCACCUGCAACCCAUCACGGUGACCUCGUUGGCCACCAACGGUGGGGCCACGCUCAUCGGCAACGGAUCGGUGGCAGCGGUGGCCGGCGGAUCGGGCACCCUGCGACGCGGCAUUCUGCGCGGAGUGGUGGGCGUGCCGCAGCCGGAUGUCACCCACCACACCUCUGCUGUGGGCGGUAGUCCGAUGCAGAUGCUGCACGACCUGCACCCAGUCAACCUGAGCGCCUCCACGCUCACCACCAGCACCACCCUGAACGGCAGUCUGCCCACGGCUACGGCCACGCUGCCCCGCCAGCCACAUGGCAUCCUGAAGGAUCCGAAUCGGAACAAGCAGCAACAGCAGCAGCACCACCAGCAGCAGCAUCAGAAUCAGCAGUUGCUCAACGCUAGUUUGGUGGGUGUGGGCAUGGGCGUGGGAGUUCCCGUCUCUGCGCCAAUGGGCAGCCUGCAGAUCCUGAACCUGCCGCCGGCGGGCGUGGGACUGGGCAACAACCUGCUGAUGACCACCAGCGGGGCCUUCGACCCCACGGCGGUGGGCAUGAGCAGCUUCGGCGGAGUGGGCCAGACCGGCGGCAUCCCGGUGGCCUACACGGAUGCGGACGGACACCUCGUAUAGCUGUAGGCGGGAACUGGGGCCAUCAGCUGCAGCAGCGGCAGCAGCAGCAGCUGCAGCAGCACCACCACCACCACCGUGCGGAUCCUCUCCGGCAGUGAGCCCCGGUUCUGAGCAGCCAUCACCACGUCAGCACACAUCCUAUCCAGCAUACCCGUACCCGUACCCGUACUCGAACUGUAUCCCAGCUAGUUUAGGAGCUUUCCAUUUCGGCAUCUGGGUCCCCUGUCGCUAGUGUCCCCUGUCCGGCAGCCACAUCCGCAUCCACCCGCCAUUACCUUAUUCAAAUCAGCCAGCGAAUUAGUUUAUGUAAAUUUCCACCCAAUUCUCAAGGCUUCGCCCACGUCAAUGUGGGUGUUUAUUUAGAUAAGGAUUCUGAGGGGGAUGGGGG